CGUCAAAAGUGAUCCGCCCUUUUUCUUGUUUGGCUGGCUGCUCGCAAGUCGGUUGUGCGAAUCUUCAAGUCUCGCCGCGCCGCAACUAAUUUGCAUUUGUACAGAACCUAUGUUGAAAUCCCUACUCAGGGUUAAAUCUCAAUCGUCCACCGCCCAUCACAUCAGAAACAUGGUGCGUUUUUUGGGUCAACAAGAGGCCAUCGAUAUUGACCAGGCCCUAUUCAACAACUACCGCUUCUCAGUGGACCAACUGAUGGAACUGGCCGGCCUGAGCUGCGCCACUGCCAUUGCCAAGAGCUUCCCGGACAAGGUCGGCCAAGGGGUGCUGGUGUGCUGUGGGGUGGGCAACAACGGUGGCGACGGACUUGUCUGCGCCCGUCACUUGGCCCUCUUCGGAUACAAACCAAGCGUUUACUAUGUUAAGCGACCUGACCCGAGCAAGACCCUUUACCACAACCUAAUCCGCCAGUGUGAGAAAAUGGACAUUCCUUUUGUGGAAGUGUCCGACGUGGACGAAAGCAAGUACCAGCUGGUCGUCGAUGCCCUCUUUGGCUUCAGUUUUAAGCCGCCGGUCCGAGACGCCUUCGUGCCCAUCAUGGAGGCCCUGCAGAAGACCAAAGUGCCCAUCUGCAGCGUCGACAUCCCGAGCGGCUGGCACGUCGAAGACGGCUGUCCUGCCGAAGGAGGGAUUCAACCAGAGCUGCUCAUUUCCCUGACUGCGCCCAAAAAAUGCGCCCAACACUUCAAAGGAAGGUUUCACUACCUUGGAGGAAGGUUCGUGCCACCUGAGUUAGAGACCAAGUACCAGAUGGACCUGCCAAAAUACCCAGGAACGGAAUGCUGCGUUCAAUUGUAAAAUAAUCCUUUAACAAAAAAUUUUCCUCAACAUUGUAAUUUUUUCUUUUUCAAUGAAUUUAAAAAGACUGCAAUAAUAAAAAAUAUACUAAACUUGCA